UCUUGUUUAAUAAGGUAUUACUACGAGUGAGCAGUGUUUUAACUUCUUUUGAAAUAAGCGUACAUAAGUUUUUUCUUAUGUAUGAUUAUGAUUCCACAUCUUUUAAUGUUGGAUUUUCGUCAGUUCAUCAGUUUUUGAAACUCCUUGUAAUAUUAAAAGUUAUUCUACUUAGUCAUGAAAACUCUACAAACAAAGACAGGUUUCUGGAUCUUAUGUAUGCCCAUUAUUGUUUAUAGCCAAGUUUCAGAGGAUUUAAAACCAAGUCAAUGUGUUACAAAGAAGUCAUGUGGUGAGUGUGUAACCAUUCAUCCUGAAUGUGGCUGGUGCUCUGCAAAGGAUUUUGAUAGUGAUGGAAGCCGACGAUGUGACACCAUUGGAAAUUUGAUUGGAAAAUGUCCUAAUAAAGACAUUGUUCACCCAAACAGCAAAAUGGAAAAACUAGAGGAUAGGCAUUUAAGUGACACAAGAACUAGUGAAGAAGAUCCUGUCCAAAUAAAACCACAGAAAAUUAAGUUGAAGCUCAAACCAAAAAGUCCAUUUUCCUUAAAUGUGGAGUUUCGUCAAGCAGUGGACUAUCCAGUAGACCUGUACUACUUGAUGGAUCUAUCCAAGUCCAUGGAAGACGACAAAGAUAAGCUAGCUGCUUUAGGAAACCUGCUGGCUACUACCAUGGGAAACAUCACCAACAAUUUCCAUCUGGGAUUUGGAUCUUUUGUCGAUAAGAUUGUUAUGCCCUAUGUCAGCGCUAUACCGGAAAAAUUAGUAGAACCCUGUACAAAUUGUGCUCCUCCAUACGGCUUCAAGAACCACAUGCCUUUAAGCAUCAAUACCAAGCAAUUUGAAAAACAGGUUAAAGCUGCCAGUGUCUCAGGGAACCUUGAUGCUCCAGAAGGUGGUUUUGAUGCCAUAAUGCAAGCAGUUGUUUGUCAUGAUCAUAUUGCAUGGAGAAACAAAUCAAGAAAAAUCCUGCUGUUUUCCUCAGACAGUGGUUUUCACCAUGCUGGAGAUGGAAAGUUGGGAGGAAUUGUCAAGCCAAAUGAUGGCCUCUGCUACCUGGAUAAGUAUGGUAAUUACAACAUGAGUAUCCAUCAAGACUAUCCAUCUCUCAGCCAUAUUAACAUGCAAGUAAAAAGAAACAAAGUGAAUAUUAUCUUUGCUGUCACAGGUGAUCAGUUUUCCAUCUAUGAGCGACUCAGUGACCAGCUGGAAGGAUCUACUGUUGGAAGAUUAGAAAAUGAUUCUUCUAAUAUAGUGGAACUUGUGAAAGGCCAGUAUAGUAAAAUCACCUCAACAGUCAAACUACAAGACAAUGCAAGAAAUGAAAUUAUUGAUAUUAAAUAUUAUUCUUCCUGUCUUGGAGGACAGAGACGAAACACCAAUGAAUGUGAAGGCCUGAAAGUUGGUAACAGUGUAAGUUUUGAAGCCAGCAUUGAGGUAAAAAAAUGUCCAAAGAACAAAGCUGAAUGGAACCAGACAGUUCAAAUCUAUCCUGUUGGUUUGAACGAAGCUUUGUUGAUAGACUUGGAGAUCAUUUGUGAAUGUCCAUGUGAGAAACCAUGGAAUGAGGAAAGAAACAGUGAUAAAUGUACCCAUGGUAAUGGAACCUAUCAGUGUGGAAUAUGUAGAUGCUAUGAUGGCCGUUCUGGAAAAAAAUGUGAAUGUGAUUCUAAAGAUGCAGACCCUACCACAGUUGAAGCCAAGUGUAUCUUUGGCAAUGACACCAAGUCUUGUUCUGGACGAGGAAUCUGUCACUGUGGAAUUUGUGAAUGUUUUUCUAGGCAGAAUCCUCAAGAAAAAGUGACAGGAAAGUUUUGUGAGUGUGAUAAUUUUUCUUGUGAUCGUGAUGAAGGCCAAAUCUGUAGUGGACCUGACCACGGAACAUGUGAAUGUGGAGAAUGUCAGUGCCUGUCUGAUUGGAUGGGACAUGCAUGUGAAUGUAGGAAAACCAACGAAACAUGUGUUGCACCUGAUAGCAAUAAAAUCUGUAGUGGUCAUGGAGAGUGCAAGUGUGGUACAUGUGAGUGUUUUGAGUCAGAAAAUCAGCGAUACAGUGGCCGCUUUUGUGAGGACUGUCCAACCUGUCCUGGUCUUUGUGAAGAUCUUAAGGAGUGUGUGCAGUGUUUAAUGUUUGAAUCUGGCCCAUUAACUACUGAGGAAUGUAAGAACUGUACUUUUAUUCCAGUAGAAAUCAAUGAAGCUGAAGUCACAGAAUCAGACCAGAGAUUGUGUGUUUUUCGUGAUGAUGAUGAUUGUAAAUAUAAGUUCGUCUAUAAGCUUGAUGAAAACGAAAAACCAUUAGUCUGGGUUCAGAGAACUAAAGAUUGUCCAGAGCCAAUCAACAUCCUAGCAAUUGUACUAGGGGUUAUUGGUGGGAUUGUCCUAGUUGGAUUAGCAUUCUUACUGACUUGGAAGCUACUCACCACCCUACACGAUCGUCGUGAGUUUGCCAAGUUUGAGAAUGAAAGAAAAAUGGCGAAGUGGGACACUGGAGAGAACCCUAUCUACAAACAAGCCACCACAACUUUCAAGAAUCCAACCUAUGGUGGAAAGUAAAAAGAAUGUCUUUCCUUUUGUUAUCUUGUUUACAUCCUUGUGUUAUUAGGUUAAAAUUUGAAUUAGUUCUUUGUAAAACUACAGUUUUCAGUGUAAUUUGCGUAUAUACACAUGCUAACAUCUAUUUUAAGAGAAAAAUCUCACAUGGGAUAAUUUAUUUAUUUAAGUAUUUGUGAGUACAUAUAUUUUGACAUAUUCUGAACUUUAAGGAGAAUUAAAGUGAGUUUCUUAAGAUAUUAGAAAGGUAUAUUUAGUGAUAUGGUUUUGUCAAAUGUUAAAUAACUCCUGAUAAACUAUAUUUUAAUAAGAGAAUAAAAUGUUAAUUACUAAAAAUGGUUUUCUCAGAAGUGAGAAUUACUUUGAAAAAAAAUCUCUCUUUCUGUGGAAAUAACUGGUGCUUAAAAUAUGUUUCACUGGUUAUAAGUAUUUUGUAAAGCAGCCUUGAGGUACAUAUAAAACUUUAUUUUUGUAUUGAUAUGUUAUUUCUCACAGUGUAAUAGUCUGCUAAACAUCCUAUAGAUGUUACCUUAGGGAGUACAUAAUAGAGUGACAACAGAUUCUGUCAUAUCUGUAGGUACACUUAGUCAGUUGUACAGGUUUGAAGAUAUUUACUCCAUCAUCAGAACUGGUCAAAAAACGAAAAACUGUUAUGUUUAGGAUAAAAGUAGAGCUUCUAUUUAGAGUUUCCUGAUGUUUGUAACUGAUUGUAUUAACCCUCUGUACACAGGCAUGGUAAUUUUGACUGACUUUGUAACCACCAGAUAACCAUAAAAGUAUACAUACUGUUACUCUGAAUUUACUCAGUGCAUCUUUCUGAAAAUUGAUAGACUUUUAGUAAACAUAACAGAUCUGUUAUGUACAUACAAAUUAAAUUUCUUAAUUAAAUAUUUUUCCUAAAGAUUUGUCUGUGAAUUUUUGAAGCCCUUACUGAGUUGGUCUUGAGUACAAGGUAGUUUUAAUGCUAAGUAGGAA